UUUGCGCAAACCUACACCCUGGUUUGGCAUAUUUUUAUUUAAGGUAAUACCUACAGAAAGGGUGCGGUGACUUCAAACUUGACUGUUUGUGUAGAUUCUUGGAUUUGUAUACGUUAUACAUUAAUUCCCAGUACAUCACCAGGAGUCACCAUACUUCAAUUUUGACAUUUGGAUUUGAUAUCGCGCAAUUCCUCGAUGUGGAUAAGUUAAAUUUCAAGUUUACCAUUGUAAGCGACGCCUAUACAGGGAAACGGUGACACCAGUCCCUUUGCGGAUAACAAAAAUGGGCACGGCCAACAACAGAAUAUUUUUGCCGCUCUUGGUAUUUUUAUUGACGAUUUUUGCAUCUGAAGCUCAAAAUAAUGUUAUCAUUACGAAUAUUAUUCCAAACGUAAAUUCCGGAGAUCCACUUAUAGAGCAUGUGGAUGGUCAUUCCGUUACUGCUCAGUUCACGAUUGGCACUACAGCAGGAAGUGAUUCCCUAAUCGGAGCAAAUCUUUGGAGUUUAUCCUUCUACAUAGCCGAUUCAAGUGAAAAUCUUGUCACUGGGACACGGGUCGAUGCUACUUUAACUAAUCCCAAUGUUGGGGUUACUCCAGGGCAAACUUUUACACUGGAAGGAACAGCAAAUUUAAACCUGGACAGUAAAGAUUGUUCACAGCUUCCUAAAUUUUGUGCAACAUUAUCUGUUAAUCCAUCAGCAUCACCUGCUUUUACUCUAACACCGGACACAGGUUAUUCAACUACGAAAUGCACUGAUAUUAGUUGUGAAGGUGUGGUUAUUACAAAUGUACUACCUGCCCAAACAGAAGACAGAUCCUUGAUCCAAGGUACAGACAACAUUAAUGUAAAUUUGACUGUCACCUUGUCCUCUGACACAAACUAUGCAAGUAUUCAAGGAACUGGUCUGUGGAAAGCAUUUGCUUUCCUUAAUUCAGAAGUUGAUGGAACAGGAUCAAGACUACAAUCCGCUGCUGUUGAUAUGCUGGAUUCUGACGACUAUGGUCUUGAUAACAACGGAAUGUCAGUUUGGCCAAAGAUUCAGGCCGACUUUGAUCUUACUGACCUUAGUUGUGCUGAUUUUGAUUACGUUUGUGUGGAAGUCCAACAGGGUGAUAGGCCUGCUCCUGACUUUACACUCACUUAUCAACCAAGUACAGCUGAUGUUGGCUGUGCUCAAAUACAAUGCACUGGGCUUGAAAUUCUCAGUGGUGCAACUUUGACUAUUACUGCUGGUUUCCUAGAAGAUCGAUCAACAACAGUUGUAUUUGAUGUUAGUUAUCCUACUGGUAAUGCUGGGGUUACUGGCGACAAUCUUUGGGACGUCAAUGUGUAUGCAAGUGCUAAUGCAGAUGGAAGUGGUACAAGGAUUAGUUCUGAACAAGUAGCAUUAUCAACUGCAAAUGCUGGAAUGGACAUAGCAAGUGUUGGGGACUCACUUGAUUUAAACAGCCUAAGUGUUACCAUGGACUUCAGUGGUCAAUAUUGUGGAGACGGCAACAUAAUGUAUCUGUGUGCAGUGCUGACAAAAUCUUCAUCUGCUAGUCCAGACUUUGAAAUCUCGCCAUCGAGUAACACAGUUUGUCAAGCAGCACCUUGUACGGGUGUGUUGAUCUCUAGUGUGAUUCCAUCAACAUCCGAUAGCAUUUUGCAGAAUCGAGAAUCAACAAUCUCUCUUGAUAUAGACCUUACAGCCGAUAGUAGUGCCGGUAGUGUUAGUGGCACAGGACUGUGGGAUGUUGAGGUGUUCACAAGUGCAAGUGACACUACAAUUGCUGCUGUUGUCACUGCUACAGUUACUGUAGGCUCAGCUGAGAAUGAAGAUGUGACUGCUGGGUCAACAAGCACCCUGACAGGAAUAACUGCAGUUUUUGAUCUGACGUCUCAGGAGUGUAUAGAUGUACCUUUUAUCUGUGUACGUGUUUCUCGAGGAUCUCCGUCUGUAAAUUUUCAGUUGAAUGCUAGUAGUACUUUAGAAGGCUGUUUCGUACCGGAUUGUAAAGGAGUAACCAUCACAUCUUUCAGGGUAAUGGCAGAUAACACUCCCUACAUCACUGAAUACCAAACAACAAUGUUAACAGCCUCUGUGAACUUGGUGGUGAAAACAGAUUCCGAUGAUGGCAGCGUUAUUAAUGGCCUAUGGAAGGUUUUGAUAUACUUGAGUGGAAAUGCUGACUGCUCUGGUACAGAGAAUGCUAUCGAAGAAGGUGACCUAUCAAGUCAAAGUACUGAAAAUCUUCCUGCUGGUAACGUUGUUGGCUUUAAUGGUAUCAAUGCAAGUUUGAAUGUCUCAAGCCUUAUGUGUUCUGAUAUGGAGUACAUUUGCGUAAAUUUUACUCAAAAUGAUGGCGAGACAUUUUCAUUGACGCCACUUGUUAGUACAGCAAGUGAUGACACAGAUUGUAGAGGUGUAUUAAUAACAAGCGUAGCAUUUACAGACAGCAUAGAAGUGAUUGAAUUAUCACCUGCCUCGGAAAAUAGCAUCACAAUAACAUCUUUGAAUGUCACCUCUAGUAGUACUGGCGCAAGUAUCACAGGAAUGGAUUUAUGGGAGGCUAUAAUUUUUGUUAAUGCAGAUGAUAGUACAUUCCCAGAUACUCCAGUAGGAUCAACCGAACAAUUAACUAAUAUGAAUCUUGCUGCUGGUAGUACAAUAACCUUUAGUGGCAUAACAACUAAUAUUGAUAUGACUGGUAAGACUUGUCUGGAUAAUGCUAUGUACAUAUGUGUCAAACUACAAAGGCAGUCUUCUUCAAAUCCUGAAUUCAAGUUAUCAGGCUCUCCAACUGACAGUGAUUUAAUUGGUUGUCAACAAGUCACAUGCUAUGGUGUUUAUGUUACAGGAACGACCCUUACAAUCACAGGCGGUGAUGAAAUCAUUGAGAAUUCAUUGUCAUCGCAAAUAACCUUUACCCUUGGAAUAACUGCAAAUGAUAAUAGAGCAGAUGUAUCGGGCAGCAAUCUGUGGGCUGUUUCCUCAUCUAUCUAUUCCACUGAUGAUUUUACUAACCCUGAACUAAUUCCACAACAGAUUACCACUGCAGACGAUGCAAUCAGCAAUGGAAUAGGAACGAUAACCGGAGCAAUGGUAACAUUUAACGUUUCAACUCUCAUCUGCUCCGAAAUUAACUUUCUAUGUGUAAUGCUUGCGAAAGGGGCAGAGGCUGAUCCAAACUUUACGCUCGUCCCGGAUCCAGACAACACAGCUGUACGAUCGUGUGCAAGUCUUACUUGUAAAGGUGUUAUUGUCGAUGAGACCUCUAUAACCGCUGGUGAUGACCCAACCAAUAAUUGGCCAAUUGUCGAAGGAAAGGUGCAGAGUGUAUUUCUAGAUGUGACAGUUACAAGGGACACUACUUCGGCGACUAUAUCUGGAGAGGAUUUGUGGAUAUUUACAGUUUUCCUAAGUAAUGCAAGUGAUGGGUCUGGGACCAAACUCUAUGAGAAUGAUGCAACUUUGGAUAUGUCACAAUCGACACAAGGACUGACCUCUGGUGCUCCAGUGGAAUUCACUAACAUUAAAGUUGAAAACUGGGAUCUACAAUCAUUUUUGUGCAAUGAAGCUGACUACAUAUGUGCAGAGAUAAAAAAGAAUGGUGCUGCUAACCCAGACUUCACUUUUGAAGGAAGCACAGUCGGUUGUAUGCCUCUUCAAUGCCGCGGGUUUGAGAUUGCCGCAAUGACACUGACUGUAAGUGUUGGGGAUCAAAUCAUUGAAUGGCAACAAGGUCAUGCUGUGAACUUAAGUGUUCUCGUGGAUCCUGAUCCAACUUCAGCAUAUACUGAAGGUUCAAGUGACUUGUGGGAUGCAAAUAUCUUCUUUAGUCCUGACCCUCAAGGGGAUGGCAUGCGGUUUGGAGAGACAAGUGCCAAUAAUGGGGCCUGGGAGGAUGUUGAAUUUAUGUCGAUAUCCUCAAUGACAUUGUCUGGUGUUUUGGCGACUGUCAACCUUAAUGGAUCAUGCGACAAUUUACAAUAUAUAUGUAUAGAAAUUCUCAAAUCAAGUACUGCAACAUUUACAUUUGAUGAAUCUGAAAAUGAAAAUAUUGCAUGUACUCAGGUCACCUGCACAGGUGUGGUUGUGGCCUCAUCAAGUUUAACCAUUGAUAGUGGAACUCCAGUUAUUGAAGGAGGAAUCAACCAGAAUGUAAUUGUCACAGCUAAUUUUGUUCAUGAUGACCAAGGGGCUGAUGUGAGUGGAACAAAUCUUUGGGAAGUCGUCGCAUUCGUUAGUGCCAGCGCAUCUGGAGAUGGAACCAGAGAAGCAACGUCAGAUUCCAGGCCGACACCUGUAAGCAACACAUUUGACGACGACAAUGAUCUGCAGUUUUCAAGUGCAAGAGUUGUUAUUAACCUUAAUGAUGUUGUGUGUACAGCUGCCAAAUAUCUUUGUGUUGAAGUGUUGGAGAAUACGGACACAAUAGAUGCCCCUUCCAUUGACUUCACCAUUAGUGGAGCAACUGUAGCUUGUACACCACUUGACUGUAAUGGUGUUAUUGUAACCGACACAGUGUUGUCGGUAACUACCGGUGAGCCAAUCCUGGAGAGAGAAGGCAAUGUAGAUGUUACGUUGUCUCUUGCUGUGACAACAAGUAAUGCAGGUGCAGCUGUCAAUGGGUCGGAUCUUUGGUCAUUAACUGUAUUUACGAAUAAUGCAACAGAUGGCCAAGGAGCAAUUUUAUUUGAAAAAGAACUUCCUGGUACUACAGAUGCCGGUUGGACCGAUGUCGACUUCCACCCAGCAGGGAAUACUUUUAUGUUGAAUGGUAUCUCUGUAACCUUUGACCUAACAGAUAUAAUUUGCCCCUCUAUUCCAUACAUCUGCUUGAAUUUGUCGAAAGCUGAUAGUUCAUCCACAAGCUUUACUCUUGAUAGUAAUCCAGUGACUGCUCUAUCAGAUUGUGUAGAAAUUGACUGCCGAGGUGUCGUUGUUGAUUCUCUUGUAUUGACAUUAAAUUCUCCUGAUGAUGAAGUUGUGGAACAUGCAGAUUCUGAAGAGGUGAACAUCAAUUUUGAGGUGUUUGCCGAAGCAAAUACUGUCCAGAUUUCUGGAGAAAAUAUAUGGCAGUUACGAGUCUUUUUGAACAAUAUGAGUGAUGGAACAGGCGACAGUCAAGGAAGCGAAGUCAUCCCUAAUAUUGGUGAUUCAGCAGAUGAAUCCUUGGGUGGCAGCUCUCAAACAUCGUUUACUAUCACAUCCCUGGCCGCAUCAGUAGAUGCCCAGAACUUUGUGUGUCCAUCCAUGACAUAUCUGUGCGUGGAGCUCUUGAAAAAUCCAAUGGCUCCACAAUUUGCAUUGGAGUUUAGCGAGUUUAUCUCGAGUAUUGUGUGUGAGGAGAUUACAUGCAGAGGUGUGGAACUUACCCAAGUGACUAUGGUUAUUAAUGAAGGUGGAAUAGUUACUGAAUACAUACCCUCGCAUGUAGUAACAUAUACCCUCAGAUUACUUUCGGCAGAAGGUGGAGCAACCAUUGUUGGUAGUAAUCUCUGGGAGAUUACUACAUAUCUAAGUGCUGAUGCAAAUGGCGAGGGAAUGAGGUUUGCUGAAAAGGUUGCAGAAAAUGGAAAUUAUCAAGACACCAACCUUCCUACGGAAGUCACCACCCAUCUCCUUAACGUGAUGUCUAAUUUGGAUGUCUCUGGUGUAGCCUGCUCUGACUUUCAAUAUUUCUGUGCAGAAGUGUCCCGGAACCCAGAUUCAAACCCGGCUUUCACACUAGACCCACAGCCUGAUAGCAGCAUCAGUAGGGUUUGCACUGUGAUCAGAUGCAAAGGUCUACAGAUAAGUAACUUGGAUGUAGCUGUUGAAGGUGGUUCUCCGGUGAUUGAGCUCACGUCUUCUCACAUAAUCAUGGCCGACAUCACAUUACAGAGUGACCCAGAGGUAGAUCUAAAUGGAACUGACUGGGAUGUCACUUUGACUUUAGGAUCGAAUGAUGAGUGCUCGGGCUCAACAGUCACUGCCAAUCAUGUGAGCAUGGCAAAUGUUAUGGUUGGUGAGAGCAUUGUGCUGGAGGAUGUGCAAGGAGAUUUUGACCUCUCAACAGCUUAUUGUGAUGAUUUGACAUACUUAUGUGUGCAGGUGAUGAAGUCUUCAACCGCAACUCCAGACUUCCAGACAUCAUCAGCAUUUAUCACCGGUUUUACAAUGAUUCCUUGUGCAGGUGUUAUUAUUGACAAUGUAACACUGGCAGUUACUGGAGCUGUCUGUGAGGCUAAUAUGUCAUUUCCGUUGGAUCUUGUUGUUGAAUUCCACUUAGCUAGUAACUCCAGAACUUUUAAAGAUAAUGAAGCCUCAAACAUUUGGAACCUAACAUUGUUCACCAGUCCUCAGAGUAAUGGCAGCAUAAUCAGUGGCUCUGCCACUGUCGUUCCAUUAACAGCUGAAGAGUUGGCCUAUGGAGUAAGCACUCUUACUACUCGGGUAUUUUCACUGACUGAUACUCCUUUAAAUACAUAUGGCUUGAUCUGUGAUGACAUGCAGUACCUCUGUAUCUUGGCUUCCAAGCGUAGUGAUGUUACACCAGAUAUUACUAUCUCCUUUCCAUCUGACCCGUCUUGUAUUCCUGUAACAUGCAAAGGUGUUGUCAUUGAUGGUGAUACUGGAAAUUUAGAUAGUGACAAUGAGAUCAAGGAGCAUUCAGCAACUAAUGUUACAUUUGAUUUUGAGAUCGAAUCCAGUGCCUCAAGUGCAGUUCUGAGCGGAACAGACCUGUGGCAAUUCAAUGUGUUUGUCAGUGCAAAUCAGGAUGGCUCAGGAGAGCACUAUGGAGAAACUUUCGCUUCUCUAUCAGACGAACAGAAGAACACCGCGAUAACUACAGCUGGCUCAACAUUGGAGUUCACAGGUAUUGCGGCAUCAUUGAACUUGGCUGAUCUGAAGUGUUUUGAUGAUCCUAAUACCUUUUACUACCUUUGUGUUGAGUUCAUGCGGGAUCCUGCAAGUACCCCAACAUUUAGUAUGACAACAGUUUCUGGAAAUCCUCUGACACCCUACUGUGCCGUUGCAAAUUGCAGUGGUGUUGAGAUCACAGGUACAUCUGUCUCCACCUCAAGUGGUGAUCCAGUUGUUGAAAGAAGUAAUAAUACAAUUACAUUUUCAAUGACCGUCUCAUCUGAUGCGAAUGGGGCCAGUAUAUCUGGUGAUAAUCUUUGGAAGCUUACUGCAGAUCUGAAGGACAGGAAUGGAAAUAACUUCACCCCUGAAGAGAAUGUUGUGAUAUCUGUCAGUGAGGCCAGUAAAGACAUAACUGCAGGAACAGAUAUUCAGCUUUCGGAUCUAACAGUAACCGUAGAUUUAACAGACUUUAUCUGCCCUGCCACAGUUCAGUUAUGUGUUAUCCUGGAGAAAAAUGAUGCUGCUAAUCCCGAUUUCACAUUUAACCCAAAUACUGGUGUCUUCCCAUCCUGUGUAGAUAUUGACUGUGAAGGUGUUGUUAUCACCAGUUCUUCAUUGACGGAAUCCAGUGGUAUAACCUUCAAAGAAGGUGCAAGCAAUCAGGUUGUAGAUCUUGACUUGCGCUUCAUGGUGGCAGAGGAUGCAGGAGGAAUUGAUGGGAGUGAUCAGUGGGCCAUUGAAGUAUUUGUAAAUAGUGAGUCUGAUGGCACUGGUGUUAUGUAUUCAGAAGUGUAUGGUGUACUUCCACAGAAUGUUGCAAAUAUACCUGCCAUUCCUGGUGAGAACUUGGACUUCAGCUCAGUCUCGGCAACCUUGGAUUUCUCCAGCCCAAUGUACCUGCCAUGUGGUGACAUCUUUUAUCUCUGCGCAACCCUUAAGAUGGCUGAUACUGCUUCCAAGAACUUUACCCUCUCUGGUCGUCCAACCGAUGCAUUAUUGACUGCUUGUGAACGCAAGGCAUGUGAAGGCGUCAUUGUAGAAAACACAGAGUUAACAUUUACCACAGAUAAACCAUUCGUCAAGGAGGGCAGUACAGAGACUCUGGAGUUUAACAUCUCAAUGGCACCUGCUAGUGAUUCUUCAACUUUAACCACUGGGGAGACAUUGUGGUCUGUAACAGCAUUUGGCAGCUCUAGGAGUGAUGGUUUUGGUGACCGUUCUGCUGUAGUUGCAGUAGACACUACAGGGGUUGGAGCAGUAGGAGUUACUCCAGGAUCGAAUACAGAUCUCUCAUUACUUUCAGUAGACUUUGAUUUGUCAAGCAUCAGCUGUUCAAGUUUUAUGUACAUGUGUGUGGAGGUAUCGCGCAAUGAUGCAGCAGAUCCACUCUUCUCACUUGAAGGUUCACCAACAGGCGAUGCCCUUGUGGGAUGUUCUCCAAUUGAAUGUAUUGGUGUUCGUGUGACAAAUGGAACUCUUGACAUAGAAUCUUCAGCUAUACCAAUAUUAGAAGGCUUGGCCUCGUUCAAUGUUCAACUGAAUGUUCAAUUCACUACUAAUGCUACUGGAGCUGACAUAUCUGGCAAUGACCUAUGGGCCCUUCAGGUUUUUACAUCAUCUAGUGUCACUGGAACACCCGCUACAACCCCAAAAGUGUUAGGCACCUUGGCUGGCUCAUCCAACAGUCAGCCGAUAACAGCUGGAGAAAGCCUAACCUUCAACAAUUUAAUGGCAGAGCUCAACACUACGGACAUGACAUGUGGCGAUGCCUUGUUCAUCUGCGCAGUGCUAAUGAGGGAUGCAGCAUCGGUCCCAGAGUUCACCCUCAAUGGUUACGAUGAAGACGUGCCUGAAAUAAAUGAUGAAAAAUUAACAGUAUGUGAGCCGGUGACAUGCCAAGGUGUUGUCAUAACCAGUUCAAACUUGACAAUCGUAGAGGGCAGUGAUAUUAUUGAGGGUGACAGCUCAUUUUCUCUUAUAUUUGAUGCUGUGUUCACAUCAGAUGUAAAUGGCGGUGCUGUUGAUGGUGAUGGAAACUGGGCUUUACAGGUGUUCAUCAACGAUGCCAGUGAUGGCUCUGGUGACUCCUUCAGCACAUUAGCGAAUGCCAUCUUAGGGUCAGGUGCUGACUUGAAUAUUGCUGCAGGUGGUACACUCAAGUUUGAUGAUGUCACUGUUGAGCUUGAUCUGUCAAACAUUAUUUGUAAGGGAUUGACAACUUAUUUAUGUGUAGAGCUAAUGAAAGGAGACUCCAGAGAUUUCUCCUUGGAAGGUAUUCCUGAUGAUAGUGUCCUAAGAGUUUGCCGAGAAGUCACAUGUGUUGGUGUUACAAUUAUCAGCAGCACUCUGAUAGUAACAGCGCCCUCUGCAGUCAAGGAGAACCGAGUAAACACUGGGGUAUUGGUUGACCUCUCGAUGACAGCUGCUGCCCUGUCUGCCAAUGUUAGUGGUCCAGGACUCUGGAGUGUUACAGUCUUCACAAACACAGACAACACAGGAAUGGAUGUAACCCAUGAAUUCUCUACGGAAAUUACUCUGACUUCCGGACAGGCACAAGAAGGUGUUGUAAGUGGAAGAACCACUACGCUUUCAGACUUAACAUUUUCAUUAGAUCUGGAUUCUGCCAGUUGUGAAAGUGUUCCAUACAUCUGUGCCAAUAUCAGUCGCAACCCAUCAUCAAGCGUCGAAUUCACUUUUACUGCUGAGAAUAAUGCAGAAACUGCAUGUACCGUCCUUCCAUGCAAUGGUGUUAUAAUCACUGAAAUAGACCUAAGUGGAAUUCCUGAACAGCCAGUAGAACACGAAAGUAGCUACCAGUUCCGAGUGCAGUCAUUAGUCAUUACUGUAUCUCCUGAGAGCGCUUUGCUUGAGACCGGUCAACGUCUUUGGAAUUACACUUUCUUUCCUAACACCCAGCCUGACGGCUUAGGAGAUAGCAGCGGCAUUGAAUACUUAAAGCCGGGUGUCUCCUAUACUAUCCAUAAUGCUGGAAUAAAUAUUUUUCCGGCCCCAAUUGUUACCUUUGAUUUAACUUCUAUUGAGUGCGAUCAGAUACCUUACAUCUGCCUGACUUUGUCUAAAGGUUUCAACCCAACUAGAUCUUUCACCUUGCAGCCAGAUCCAGAUGAUAGCGUUCUUACGACUUGUAUAGAAGUCAUGUGUAAAGGGGUAGAGAUCACAGACACAGCACUAACCAUCAACACGGGCGAUGCAAUAUCUGAAGGAGAUACUUCACAUUUGUUUGAUAUUAGUGCUGUAUUUAGCGUUGAUCCAACUGGAGCGACCAUCUCGGGCACAGGGCUCUGGCAGUUGACACUCUAUGCGACUCGUUCAAGCGAUGGAAGCGGAACAAGAUACUUGGAGCGUCCUUUGACCCUAGGAUCAAAAGCAAACAAUGGUAUCAGUUCCAAUGAACUCAGGUUACUGAGUUUACAGACAACUGUUUCGUUGGAAAAUGAACUUUGUGCGAACUUGAUGUAUCUAUGUGUUGAAUUGGGAAAAGGCAAUUCUCCCCAGCCACAAGACUUCACUCUUUCAGGAGAUUUGAUUGGUUGUCAGCCUUUGGACUGCCUAGGUGUGUAUAUAACAGAUAUGACAGUCACAACAUCCAAUUCAGUCCUUGAAAAUUCAAACAACAAUGACAUUACGUUGUCUGUCACGUUGGACAGCGAUGCCAGCGACCGUGACUCCUCGAUAAACAUGUGGCUCAUCAGUGUGUUCACGAGUGAUAAGGAUUUUAAUGAUCCAACUGGAAGUGGUGUACGAGUAAACGAAGUAUCCGGGUCAAUCAGUCAAGAAUUAGAGGAUCAAGUAUUGACAGCUGGUACACCAUUGGAAUUUAAUCCAGUGGCAGCAUCCUUAAAUAUUCAGACGACUUGUAUUGAUGCAGCAUAUGUGUGCGUGGAAGUCCGUCAAGGCACUACCAUCCAACCACGAGUUGUGUUACUUGGACAGACUAUUGGUUGUACACCAAUUACAUGUAGAAAUGUUGAAACCACAUCAACAUCAGCCUCAAUUGCUCGUGGUGGUAGUGUAAAAGAGGGUGAAGAUUCCGUAGAUGUUGCGAUUGACAUUGUUGUCCAAUCAGAUUCAAAUGGCGCCAGCAUUUCUGGAACCGACCUUUGGAAGAUCAGCAUGUUUAUCAGUAGUACUGAUGGUGAAGGUGGAAAGAUUGGUACCAGUGAAACACCUCUGGUUCUCACAAUGGCUCAGGCUAAUGCUGCUCUCACUGCUGGCAGCCCACUGGAGAUUUCCGAUUUGGAGGCAUCUUUGCCACUCGUAGGUGUCACCUGUAAUGAAGCGCUUUAUAUUUGCAUUGACUUUCGAAAAGGCGAUUCUCCUACUCCUGCAUUUUCAAUGUCUCCAAUGCCAGACAGGGCAACUGCACAAGUGGGAUGUGCUCCUGUUGUUAAUUGCCGAGGCAUUGAAGUUGACUCUACAUCCUUUAGUCUUGAUGUGGGUUCCCCAUUGGUUAGUGCAGAAUCAAAUGACCUUACAUUUUCCGUCAGUUUAGACAUAGCACAUGAUAGUGGAACAGUCAGUGGAGAAAACCUCUGGACACUUACAUUCUUUCCAAACAGUGCAAGUGAUGGAAGCGGGCCAUAUACAUCUUCUUCAACGCUGGUUGUGCCAUUUGCCGGGAAUUCAGAAGUUAUUGCUGGUGUGACAACUGGAUUAGAUAACGUGAAUGGAGCGCUGGACCUGACAGGUGUUCUCUGUCAAAAUGCUCAGUAUCUCUGCUUGACUGUUACCAAGGGCAAUAACCCAGAGACAGAUUUUACAAUCGAAGAUGCAAGUGACCUGUCUACUUGCUCUGCUGUUGAGUGUAUCGGUGUUAAUGUGACGGCCACUGAUUUGAGAAUAAUUGGUGAAUUCACAAUUCUUGAAGAUGCAAACUCGCUUCCAUUUGGUUUUGCUUUGGAUGUGACUUCAAGUUCUGAUGGAGCAUCAGUAGCAGGUUCUGACUUAUGGGAGGUUGCAGUGUACCUGAGUGCUAACAAUGAAGGUACAGGAACACGCGUAUCUGAAUUGUCUGCCACCCUUGAUGAUGCUAGCUCAAGCCUUAUGGCAGGGGCCACUAUAGCUAUUUCAGGAUCUGCAAACCUGGAUCUGGACGGUGUAAUCUGUGAAAAUGUCAACCACAUCUGCGCAAUCUUGUCCAAGUCAUCCAGUGCCUCUCCAGACUUCACCCUCGAGGACGAUAACCCACAAGUGUUUGUUUCUUGUAAACAAUUUGCUUGUGAAGGUGUGGUAAUAACAGACACUGAAGUGUCAGUGAAUCAAGGUGAUCCUAUACUCCAGUUGACAGAGGUAUUUGAUGUGGAGCUGGAUGUCACAUUGACUGCUGCUGAUGUAUCUGCAGAAAUCACUGGAACAGGUCUUUGGGAAGUGGAGGUGUUCAUCAGUAGCAAUGCCGAUGGAUCAGGUGAAAAGAAGGGUUUAGCAGAUGCUGAUCUUACCUCUAGCCAAGCUGAUACAACUGUUGCGACAGGGACGUCUACGACUAUCUCAGGGAUAGGAGCCACUCUAGACCUGAGUGAUUUCAAGUGUAAUGCUGUUGCCAAUUACAUCUGUGUCACGAUAGAGAGAGCUAGUGGUGCUUCUCCACUCUUCAGUCUAGAAGGCCAGCCAGAUAGUGCUCUGACAAACUGUGUGUCUGUUGACUGUGAAGGUAUAAAGAUAACUGGAGUAGGUGUUACUGUCAUAUCUGGAAGCCCAAUGAAAGAAGGAAGCAAUAGUCAAGAGCUAACCUUUGAUGUUGCAGUCAUGUCAGAUGCUCUUUUUGCUGGCAUCAAUGGUGAUGACUUAUGGGCAGCAGAGGCUUUCUUGAGUCCUGUAGCAGAUGGCAGUCAGAGAACAGACUUUAUAUCAGCAUCUAUUCCAUCAAAUGAGUUAAAUAAAGAUCUUAUACCUGGGGUAACAUUUUCAUUGGAAGGCCUCUCUGGAAUAUUUGAUAUCAGUGGAAAGCGAUGCUCUGAAGUUAUGUACCUGUGUGUUGAGAUUGAUAAGAAUGCAGCUGCUGUUCCAGAUUUUGACUUUUCAGACAGUCAGUCAUUGAGUGAUCGAACAGGAUGUACAGAGAUCCGAUGCUUAGGUAUUGGCAUUCAACAGGUAUUGCCAGAUUUUGAUGAUACUGGUGUCGCUGAGGGAGACAAUCAACAAAUGUUCACAUUUGAUGUUGAGGUGUUUCCUUGGGUUGAAAGCAAUACUAUUUCUGGCAGCAACAUUUGGGACCUGAAUGUGUUUGUAAGUCUUUCCAACGAUGACUCCACCCCGAGAUAUGCAGAAACACUUGCAAGUCUGACCCAAAGUCAGCGAGACCUAAUGUUGUCUCCACCAACAGCGCUAGACUUCCAGGGAGUGAGUGCCACUCUUGAUCUCUCCAGUUACACCUGUGACCAGUACAUGUAUGCAUGUGUUGAGGUGUUGAAAACAGGGGCAGAGGCACAAGGUAUAACUCUUGGUGGCUAUCCAAAUGAAAACGAUAUCAUCGGAUGUGAACAGAUCAUGUGUGCAUCAUUUGAUUCGGAAAUCACUAUCACUAGCUACACGGAUGAAAAAAUAGAAUUUACAUGGACUGCAGCUAUUGGGGACUUCAAUGCCUACGAGGUUCGUUACACACCAACUGAUGGUGUCACAAAUUCACCAGCUGUUAUAAGUAGAUCAUUGGACCGUAUGAUGGACCUUGAAAUGCUGAAUUCAGGUCAGCUUUAUACAAUUGAACUUCGUCUGCUGAAGAAUGGUUUAGUGAAAUCAACGGGAGUGGUUACAGCAACGCAACGGACUAAGCCUGAGUCUGUGUCCAUCCAAGCUGAUAGUGGAACAACGCAAGAGAUUCAACUGAGCUGGAAUGCUGCUGGUGGUAUCUUUGAUGAGUAUAUAAUUGAGUACACUCCAAACACUGGAGUGCCAGCAUCCCCUGCCACCAUACCUAAGGGUGAUACAUCUGUCUUGUUCUCUAACUUAUUACCAGGCCGGGUUUAUCAGUUCGAAAUUUACACUGUGUCCGGGGCUGAAGAGAGUUCCAGAUCAACAGUAAAUUAUGCAACAUUGCCACCAGACAGCACACUAUCAGUUUCAGGCUUCACUACCACAACCGUUAGUCUUAUCUGGUCAACACCCGAUGGUAUCGACCAGAACUAUCAGUAUAGAUUGACAUACAGUCCAGAUGACCCUGUUAACCCAGUCUUGAACAAUCCUGGAGUGAAUUCGUAUACUGUCAAUAACCUUACACCAGGACGGUUGUACACCUUCAGAUUGUCUGUAGUUGCUAUGGAUAGUGGUGAAGAGUUGGUUGGUAAUGAAGGAGUCGUUUCACAGAGAACAAGCCCUAGUCGAGUUACAACGUCAACAGAGACUACUGAAGAAACUGCGUUCACAAUUCAGUGGGACCCAGCAGCUGGUGAUGUAGAUCAAUAUGUGUUGUCCUAUGUCAUACAGGGCUCUUCAAACGUUAUUGACACAACUACAGUUUCAGCAGGCACUACUCUCUCAUUCCUGGCUGGAACUCUGAAUGUGGCUCAAGGUUAUACUGUUACUAUUAUUACAGAAUCUGGAGGACUCCAAAGUGAUCCAUACACAAAAUUAGUUUCAACGCGCCCAUACCCACCUGGAGCAGUAGCAUCAGUUGAUGUGACUGAAAACGAAAUCACAAUCUCAUGGGUGGCAGCCCCUGCUCCUGUCGAUGGCUACCUGAUCUCGUACACACCGAAUGAAAUUGGUAUUCUACCAGCCUCACCAGUCUCUACCUCCGCAACUCAGCUCUCACUCUCCAACAUCCCCCCUCAUACUACCGUUGAGUACACUAUUCAAACUCAGAGGAAUGGCGCCCUCAGUCAACCAGUUGUGUAUCGACAAAGGACUUUUUCUAAAGUGCCAGGCCCUGUGAUGUCAUUUAAUGUGAUCAAAGAUAAGCCGUACCAAGUGUUAGUUUCCUUCAACGCCCCAUCAGAACCAAAUGGCGUCAUUACCGGCUAUGUUAUAUCUUAUUAUGGAACACGUAAUGGCGAAACUCUUGGAGAGUCUUAUUACACAAUCACAGCUCAACCAAACCAUGAGGUAUUCCAGAACAUUGCUAUCUCUGGUCUUACUCCAGGGUACACCUACACUUUCACAAUCACAGCUUCAAACUCAAAGGGUCAGGGAGACCCAGUCACACAAGAUGGCAUCACAUUAGAUAUUGAUCCUCCACUUAUCAAUGUUGAUUCACCUGACCUGGUUAUCGUCACUGCAAGUUCUGACACUACUUUCACUAUUACAAUCAGGAGUGAUUUGUUCUCAGAUCUGAACGGAGCAGUUAUAGCUUUUGUUGUCAUGAUUAGAGAAGUUACAGAUAGUGAAGAUUUGACUAUCCCAGCCCCUGAAGUUUUGCCAACAUACCGGACAAUUGAAGGUAAUGAUGUCUGGGGAAUUUAUCAGUCUGGGCCAAGACGUAGCUGGUUCUCCAAUGGGGUGCAGCGUCGCAAACGACAGGCAGAGUCUAUCGACACUGUUGACGUUGUCAUUGGAGACGAAGACCCUUGCCGAUCAAGUACAGAACCGUGCAAUGGGCCACUUAAAACAGGCACUGCUUGGAGGUAUGCAAUCCGUGGUUAUAAUGAAGAAGGAGAAUAUUCAGACACCGACUGGUCCUCUCCUGUUGUCACAAACCACGAUCCCAAGAUUUUUAACUACAUUGUUGCUGCUACAGUCGGGUUUUUCGUGAUCAUCUUUUUCAUUCUAAUCAUAUGCAUCAUUUGCUCCUGUAAUGAUGAUGACCUAUAUACUUUUAAUGGCAAGCAACCCAUAGAAAACGUUGUGUAUGGAGGACCCUAUAAUACAAACGCUAAUAAUUCAACGGUUGUUGAUGUUCCUCAAUCCAAGAGUUCUACAUCCAGGAGAGGACGCUUUUCAAGACCAGUUGCAAAUACACGGUUUGCAAAUCACUUCAAGUCCAUGAGCUCAACUGGGCGUUACAAGUUUUCCGAUGAAUAUGAAGAUUUAAGAACUAUAGGUCUGGAGCAAACUUCUGUGGCUGGAGAUCUUCCUGAAAACCGAUACAGUAAUCGUUACACCAACAUCUUGCCAUAUGAUCACAAUAGGGUUCAGAUUUCUGGUGCAGAAGACUACAUCAAUGCCAGUUUUAUGACAGGUAUAACUGGUGACAUGGAGUAUGUAGCAACGCAGGGACCAUUACCCGACACCAAGAACGACUUCUGGAGGAUGAUUUGGGACCACAAUGUACCGACCAUUGUCAUGGUUGGUCAGUGCGUUGAACAAGGACGGGUGAAGUGUGACCAUUACUGGCCAUUUGACCAGGACUCAACCAGCUACGGCAAUAUUACAGUCACUAUGACAUCAGAGACAGCAAUGCCUGAGUGGGUCAUCCGCGAAUUUACUAUUGAAAAGGAUGGUGUAGUAAGAGCUGUCAGGCAUUUCAACUACACCGAAUGGCCAGCUCAUGGAGUGCCAAGUGAGACUGAUGCAUUUAUGCGCUUCGUGCGUACCAUACAUGCUCAGUCCUCCCCACAUGCAGGCCCUACUGUAGUUCAUUGUAGUGCUGGUGUAGGCCGAACAGCUGUUUUCAUUGCUUUAGAUAUACUAUCGCAACAAUUGGUGCGUCAGAAACCAAAUGACACCAUUGAUAUCUUUGGCAUUGUUGCGCAAAUGAGGCAAGAACGCUGUUAUAUGAUUCAAACUGAGGCUCAAUAUGUUUUCUUGCACCAAGCAGUUCUUGAUCUACUCCAAGGCAAGAUUUCAGGGAACAACUGGUUUCUAAUGCAGAAAGGUAAGAAUUUAUCAAAUGACUUGGAUGCCAUUCAGAUGGAAGCAAAUAUCCUAGCAUAAGCAAUUAUGGACCUAGACGACCUCAUCCAAUCCAAAAAGAGGAAGUGAUCAUUGUGGCUUUGGAACAGGAACAAACACUUCAAAUGAAUCUAUGCAUUAAGUGUAGCAUAUUGUAAACAUAUAGUUCAGCAUGUCGUAUCUGUGGAUUUUUAUCAUCACAGUUACACAUCACUGUCAUACAUCACUUGUAUGCUAAUAAUGAGCUUAACUUUUGCCACAUAAUCUUGACAUGUGGGAAUAAUUUAUUUUUUUAUAAAAAAUGACAAAUUAAAUUCAUAAUGUGUUAACUGUUUAUAUAAUAUUUAUAAAUUUGUUUUUUUAGCUUUUUAAAAAUACUUUGACACUAUUAUUAAUGACUGUUUUUUUUAUGUAUCUAGUAAUAUUUGUUUUUUAUUUGUUUUUUUUUAAGUCAGAUAUUAUUUUCGUAUCUCAUAUUAACAUAUAUGAAACCAGGGUUUUUUUUUAUCCUAAUUUUAAUGCUGGUAGUAAUGAGAGUAAUACAGUACUAUGUAACUGGAAUAUGUAAUUUGAAUCUAACAUUGUUAAUUUGAAGAUGACAAUCCAAUAUGAUUUUCCCUAAAAAACUGUAGUUUUAGAAUAUUUGUUUAGUAGUUUUGGGAUCUGAAUUUGAAUCAAAAUGUUAUAUUUGAUUUUGGAACUUAAACUUAGUAUACAGUACCGAUCACGGGCAGUGCACUUUUUGCCCAUGUUUGAUAGCGGGCAUGGCGUUCCACAUCCACCAACUGCCUGUGCAGGCUAAGCCAGCCCACAGUCAAGAUUUUAGAAAAUAAAAAAGAAAAUUAUUAGUGAUUUAAACGUGCCCACAGUCUGGACUAAAGCACACAAUAUGCUAUGUCAUAUAUGUCAAUACAUACAGGUAGGUCAAUACAUAGGGUAUGCAUAAAAGGAACAUACUAUAGAGAUGAACCUAACUGUUUUAUACAGUAUACAAAAUUAUUUUCCGAUAUCUUAAUAUAUUAUAGGUAUAAAUAAAAAUAUAAAAUAGAUAAGAAAAAUAAAUUAAUAAUUUUGGACUUGCGUUAGUCUUGAGGAAAAAAAUCCUGCUAUCACAGGAAAUGAACAAACACAUGGUUUCCAACAAACACACAUGUUUAUGUAAGCUUACACGUUUUGGGCACCUUAGCAACAAUAUCCAAGGAGUGGCGCUUUGUGGAAGGUCUAUUGACAGCUCAAUAUUUAGCAAUAAGCUAGGGUAAGGGUGGGAAUUGUGGACAGUAUUCUAUUGGAGACCACCCAUAAUUAAUUGAUUAUACUGACUAGUCGCUGGUUAGCUAAUUAAAUAGUAAUCUGAUAACCUUGAAUUAUGCAUGUAAUUAAAGACCAAUAAUGGUUGUUGAUUAUAAAAAAAAAAAAAAUUUCAGGUGUAUAACUCAAUCCAGAUUUUUAAAAUUUAUGCAAAUAUGCUUAAAGGUCUACAAUUUCCUACCCUUACCCUAAGCAUUUUUUCUGUGGUUUUUAUUCUUAAUGUUAGCUAUUUAUAUAGUGAUUGAUCUGUACAUGGCAUUUAAUUUAAACAUUGAAAAUAGGUAUAUAAAAUUAAUAUUAUUUUAUAUAUUAUUUUAGAUAAAUAAGAUAAAUAUUUUUGUCUUGGGGUUUUAAUGUUCAAACUGGCAGUUAAUGGACAAAUAUAGAUAAUUUUGUAAUAAUAUGCAUUUAUGAUAUAUAAAUAUAUUUUUGUAUGGAAUGUAGAUUGUAAAGGUUUACAUUAGGUCUAGGUAGUUUACCACUGGUUGUAUAUAUAUAUUUAUAUGUUAGGCUGGUGAUGUUAACAAUUCUCCACUCUUCAAAUUUAACAGAUAAUUAUGCAAUUUGAUAAUUUUCUAAGGUAGUAUUACUAUGGUAUGUUAGAGUUACUUAUGCAUAUUAAAGAAUUUACAGUAAAUUA